UCCGGUUUUGUUUUGCUACAACCUUGGCCCUCACAGUUGUAUUGCACUGUCAGCAUUGUCUGAGUUCAAGAUGAACAUUUCUAAAAGUGUUUUGCUAUUGAAAAGCAUAAAGAGCAGCAGUAUAUUAGAUGUUCAUAACAGAAUAACUGUGUCGUUGUCACCAUGCUGUCAGUGUUUAUAUAAUCAGAACAAUAAGACAUUCAACCAAUCAAGGAACUUCUCUAGUGGAUACCAUUUCAGUCAUAAACUCAAUCAUAGAAUAUUUCUGCAACCAAAUUUCUUUCCAGAACAAUCUUUCAAAACUUCAUUUAGUGGUAUCAGACAGCACAACUUUCCCCCAGAUGGCAGCUAUUUUAAAGGGAAGGAUGCUUAUAGAAAACAAACAAGAAAUUUGAGUGUAACACCAAAAGCAAUUUUAGAUGCAUCACCAAAAGGUUUACAGCCAUAUCUGAGACUUAUCAGAUUUGAUAAACCAAUAGGAACUUGGUUGUUGUACUGGCCAUGUACAUGGAGCAUAGGUUUAGCUGCAGCACCAGGUCAUCUUCCUGACCUUUGGCUUUUGACCUUGUUUGGAGCAGGUGCCUUCUUCAUGAGAGGAGCUGGCUGUAUUGUUAAUGAUAUGUGGGACAGAGAUAUUGAUAAAAAGGUUGAAAGAACCAAACUUCGACCUUUAGCCAGUGGAGAAUUGACGUACUUCCAGGGUUUGUGUUGUCUUGGUGGGAUGUUGUCUGUCUCACUAGGAAUCCUACUACAGUUAAACUGGUACAGUGUGGUAUUGGGAGCAGCCUCCAUGGUCCUGGUCAUUGCAUAUCCACUUGCCAAGAGGGUAACAUUCUGGCCACAGGCAAUGUUAGGGUUAACCUUCAACUAUGGGACUAUGUUAGGUUGGGCUGCAGUUACAGGCGGGAUAGAUUGGACCGUUGUUCUUCCCCUUUAUAUUGGCAGUAUGGCAUGGACUCUUUCCUAUGACACAAUAUAUGCUCAUCAAGAUAAAUAUGAUGAUAUGCUGAUUGGCGUCAAAUCUACAGCAUUGAAAUUUGGUGAUAAGACAAAGCAUUGGUUGACUGGUUUUGGAACUGUUAUGAUUGGAGGUUUGACAUUGACUGGGGUAGCAAUCGAUCAGACCUGGCCUUACUAUACUGGUGUAUCAAUAACUGCUGCUCACUUAGCAUAUCAGUUAUAUACAGUAGAUUUGAACAAUGCGGAUGAUUGUGCUGCCAAAUUUAGAUCUAAUACAGGACUUGGUUUUGUGAUGUUUAUCGGCAUAGUAACUGGAACAUUGAUGAAGACACAGAACAAUGAAAAUGAUCAACUUGAUAAUGUAAAAUGAAAUAUUUGUCAUCUGAACUUGUUAUUUUUUCUAUAUUUUAAUAUAUUACAAUAAGAAUUGUUACCAUAUAUUUUUACUCUGUUAUUUUGUUAAUAUUCUAGAUGAAAGAACUCAGUUAACUAUUUGUCCAUCACUUUUACAAUCUUCAAUCUCCUUUAUCUUUUAAAAUUACUGAAACUAAAAGUCCUUAUCUUAAUCAAACAUUUGAUGGAGAGUUGUCUCAUUGGCAACCAUACCAAAUGUUUUUUUGUUUUUAUAUGAAAGUUUGUUUAUGAAAGCUUACAAACAGUUCAUCAAAUAAAAAGAAUCAUGGUUGUUUAUGGUACAUAUAUUUAUUGUGUCAUUAUUUUUAUAUGUCAACAAACAUUAAUGAAUUUUCAUUAAAAUAUAAAUGAAUCAUAAA